GCUGUAUUAGCUGAGGUUGGGUCGGGUUAAGGGAGAGAGAGAGAGGGGGCUUUAGAGACUGUGUUCACUACAGAGGCAUCACCAUGGCACCGCUCGGACUAAAAGCCAUUGUGGGAGAAAAGAUUAUGAAUGACGUCAUCAAGAAGGUACACAAGAAAGGAGAAUGGAAGGUGCUGGUCGUAGACAAGCUGAGCAUGAGGAUGAUGUCAUCCUGCUGUAAGAUGACAGAUAUCAUGUCAGAGGGCAUCACCAUUGUUGAAGACAUCGGCAAGAAACGGGAGCCUCUCCCUAGCAUGGAGGCCAUCUACUUAAUAACUCCCAAUGAUGAGACUGUGGAGGCACUCAUAGAUGACUUCAGAGACCCUCGGUCGCCCAGAUACAGAGGAGCUCACGUCUACUUCACUGACACGAUCCCGGAUUCAUUGUUUAAUUUGUUGACCAAAUCCCGCGCGUCCAAAGCCAUGAAGACCUUGACUGAGAUCCACAUCGCCUUUCUGCCCUAUGAGUCUCAGGUGUUUUCCCUGGACAAGACAGAUGCCUUCCAGGACUUCUACAGCCCCUACAAGGCUGAUAUUAAGCACAACAUGUUGGAGCGUUGUGCUGAGCAGAUCGCCACUCUCUGCAAUACCCUGAAGGAAUACCCUGGCAUCAGAUACAGAGGGGAGUACAAAGACUGUACCACUCUGGCUCAGCUCCUGCAGGACAAGCUGGACGGCUACAAGGCAGACAACCCCACCAUGGGAGAGGGUCCGGACAAGUCUCGCUCCCAGCUCUUGAUUCUGGACCGAGGCUUUGACCCGGUCUCUCCCAUCCUCCACGAGCUCACCCUCCAAGCCAUGGCCUAUGACCUGCUGGGCAUCGAGAACGACGUCUACAAGUAUGACACCAGCGGGAUGGGGGAGGUCAAGGAGAAGGCGGUGUUGCUGGAUGAGGAUGAUGAUCUGUGGAUGAGUCUCAGACACAAGCACAUUGCAGAAGUCACCACGGCUGUGACCCGUUCUCUGAAAGAAUUCUCAUCCACCAAAAAGAUGAACACAGGAGAGAAGACCACAAUGAAAGACUUGGCUCAGAUGCUGAAGAAGAUGCCCCAGUAUCAGAAAGAGCUGAGCAAGUACUCCACCCACCUCCACCUGGCUGAGGACUGUAUGAACCGCUAUCAGGGCACCGUGGACAAGCUGUGUCGUGUGGAGCAGGACCUAGCGAUGGGUACGGACGCAGAGGGGGAGAAGAUCAAGGACCCCAUGAGGGCCAUCGUGCCCGUCCUGCUGGACAAAGAUGUCACCGUCUUCGACAAGAUUCGCAUCAUCCUCCUCUAUAUCUUCAUGAAGAACGGUGUUUCGGAGGAGAACCUGUGUAAGCUCCUCCAGCAUGCUAACAUCCCUCCCGAGGACAGUGACAUCAUCUCCAACAUGUCCCAUAUGGGCAUGCCCAUCAUCUCAGAGGGGAAUCCAACCCGCAAGGUGAAGAAGACUGACCGGAAGGAGAGAGUGAGUGAGCAGACCUACCAGCUGUCCCGAUGGACCCCUCUUAUCAAGGACAUCAUGGAGGAUGCCAUUGAGGACAAACUGGAUCUAAAGCAGUACCCAUACAUCUCCCAACGAACUGCCUCCACCCACUCCAGCGCUCCAUCAAGUGCCCGGUAUGGAAACUGGCACAAGAACAAGGGCCCCACAGAGAUGAAGACUGGUCCUCGGGUCAUCGUCUUCAUCAUCGGAGGCAUGACCUUUAGCGAGAUGCGCUGCGUCUACGAAGUCACACAGGCCAAUGGCAAAUGGGAGGCCAUCAUUGGCUCCACCCACAUGCUCACUCCCACCAAAUACCUGAAGGAGUUGCAGCACCCUGACUUCCUGGACCCCAACGCUGCCCCUGAGGAACCAGAGCCGGCCCCCGCAGAAUGAGAACACACACUGAAAAGAUCAACCAAUAUCUUCACCCCUACAAGCCGCCUUCAAACUCUCAAAGACCUGGAUAAACAAGCUGAGGUUUAAGCAGAACCCCCUGGCUGUAGCAGUCCCUCUCUUAACUAGCUGUCCCUCUCUUAACUAGCUGUCCCUCUCUUAACUAGCUGUCCCUCUCUUAACUAGCUGUCCUUCUCUUAACUAGCUGUCCUUCUCUUAACUAGCUGUCCUUCUCUUAACUAGCUGUCCCUCUCUUAACUAGCUGUCCCUCUCUUAACUAGCUGUCCUUCUCUUAACUAGCUGUCCCUCUCUUAACUAGCUGUCCCUCUCUUAACUAGCUGUCCUUCUCUUAACUAGCUGUCCUUCUCUUAACUAGCUGUCCCUCUCUUAACUAGCUGUCCUUCUCUUAACUACCUGUCCCUCUCUUAACUAGCUAUCCUUCUCUUAACUAACUGUCCCUCUCUUAACUAGCUGUCCCUCUCUUAACUAGCUGUCCCUCUCUUAACUAGCUGUCCCUCUCUUAACUAGCUCCCCUAACCUCUAAACUCCCUCAGCCGGCAUAUUCUACUCAGGACCGUCCAUACCAAACCCCUUCUACUCUACACAUCAGACAAUAAAGAAAAUGGCUCUAUCUAUUUCAAAUAUAUCAAAGUCAUGUAUUCAGAUAUAAUUUUUUAAUAGCAUGAAAUAAGAUAAUUUAAAGCCAUACCACCAAAAAACACCAUGUUUUACCUACUGUACAUAAACCCUGAUGACUGUAUACUAAUAAUAUAAUAUCAUUUCAAUUUGUUUGUUUGUCAGAUUGAAGGGAAGAGUAGAGAUUGAGUCUGUGAUGGAUGACUGUUGAUACUAUAUGAGCAGUGGAUGUAAACUGCCGUCUCAGGAUGCCAUUGUUGCACUUUCUUAAAAAGGAAGCCAAUCAUAGACGAGAUUAGAUAAGUGUGGGUGGAAUUUUAGGAAUUAUUCAGGCUGGUGAUUGGUGUAGAGUGUUCGCCAUCUUCCAGGUAUUCAGGAAUACAAAGGGACCAACUGGGAUGAUGGUGGAAUGGGAUCUAUAACGUUCCCUUUAAUACCCCCUCAAAAAUAUGUGUAAGAUUCCUGUUUCCAACAGAACGUUCAAUACAUUUCAUAAAAGUAUUCAUAUAACAUUUAUUUGAAAAAACAACUACUGGUAGCUGAAUAUUGGAAUGAACUUGGAAAAACACUUGGAAUGUAUUUGAAUACUGAAAUAACUGACUCAAAUACACUCCCAAGCAUUUAACCAAGGUAUUUGAAAAGCCAGGUCUGUUUUUAGUGGUUUAGCAUGUAGCUUUUAUCUCAUUGCUUGUAAACGUUUCAGGGACAAUGAGCAAAAAUACCAAUAUUUUUGAAACUCACAAUUGUAUAAUUUGGACAUCACCAUCUUCAUCCCCAACAUCAUCACCAUCUUCCUCAUAAUGCAAUCAGUAGUUUGUAGAAUAUAUGCCAUACUGUAUCAAUGUUUCUAUUCCUGGUGAUUAUUCUGACUUUGAAAAUGCCAAUGUGAAGCCACUCUGUACUAGUGCUCAUGUAGCUAGCAGUACAGUUACAGUAGUUGGGCUGUAGCUAGCAGUGCAGUUACAGUAGUUGGGCUGUAGCUAGCAGUACAGUUACAGUAGUUGGGCUGUAGCUAGCAGUGCAGUUACAGUAGUUGGGCUGUAGCUAGCAGUGCAGUUACAGUAGUUGGGCUGUAGCUAGCAGUACAGUUACAGUAGUUGGGCUGUAGCUAGCAGUACAGUUACAGUAGUUGGGCUGUAGCUAGCUGUGCAGUUACAGUAGUUGGGCUGUGAUGAUCAACCAUUGGAAAGUUAUUCCUCUUCAUUUAGACUCUGUUCAGGAAUAGUAUGUAAUUGAUUUGAUUUGCUAUUUCGUCUUCCUGUUGAAGCUAUAGUCUCAUUUUUGUCCCACUUUCCAGUGCAGCGUUGACACUGUCAAGAUGCAAACUCAUUUGUUGGCGUUGUUGUUACAGUUGUUGUUGAUUUGUUUACUCUAUAGUAGGGUUAUCUAUUAUACCUCAAGAUAGAUUAAUACCAGUGUAUUUGAUCAGAAUUCUAUGCUUGUAAGUAAUUUAUCACAAACAAUACACGUUCAUGUACGAAAGCUCUAAUAAAGUUGCUUCAA